AUGGCUUGGAAGAUCGUGUCAUUUUUCGGAAUAGCGCUUUUAGCGUUAAGCGAAGCCCACCCACCGGUUUCGGAACAGAGGGUUAAGAUUGAAAAUGUGGGGAAAAAAUCGGAGCAUCAUGAGGGAUACGCGUGGACGUAUCCGUCGUAUGAAUUCUCUUACGAAGUUAUCGAUUCGCACACGCAUGAUUUUAAGGGACAUCAUGAAACACGAAAUGGUGAUGAAGUGAAAGGAUAUUAUUGGCUUAUUCAGCCGGAUGGUUAUAAGAGAACUGUAAAGUAUCACGCUGACAAAAACAGCGGAAUUAAAGCUCACGUUGAUUACACUAAGCCUCAUAAUUCAAAUGAAAAUAAUAAUGAAGAAAGCAACGAUGCUGAUGAAAAUGAAGGUAAUCAAGAAGAAAAUGCAAACCAGGAAAGCGGUAGCGAAAAUGGAGAAAACGGCGAAACGAAUCAAGAAUCCAACGGUGAAAAUGAAUCAAAUAAUAAUAAUGAGAAUUCAAAUAAUGAAGCCGAGGCCGAAAAUGCUGAAAAUGAAAACAACACCCAAGAAAAUUCUGAAAAUGAAGAAGGAAACCAAGAACAAGAAGAAGAAAAUCAAGAAGAAGGUGAAAGUGGUAAUAACGAAGAAGAUAAUGGAGAAAAUGCAGACCAAGAAAGUCAGCAAGUAAAUGAGAAUAACAAUGGUGAUGAAGGUAACGAAGAAGGUAACGAAGGGGAGAAUCAGGAAGGCGGAAACAAUGGUAACGAGCAAAAUGGUGAAAAUGGAAAUGAAGAAACCACAAAUAGUGAAAAUAGUAAGGAGAUUCGAAAGAAAAGUGAAUACCAUAUUGUGUUGGUGAUCUGCCUAUCAGGCUAUGUCCAAAGUGAAAGGGGUGCUAUAUCAGAACAAAGAGUGGUAAUACACCAAAUAAAAUCUGAACAAAGUGACAAACCCAUUCAAGUCGGAUCAAAGAAAUCAGAGUAUCGAGAAGAAUAUGCUUGGUCUUAUCCUUCUUAUGAAUUCUCAUAUAAAGUAAACGAUCCUGAAACAAAAGACAUAAAAGGUCAACAUGAAAAGAGACAUGGUGAUGAAGUAAAAGGAUUAUAUUGGCUAAUCGAACCAAAUGGGCAAAAAAGAACUGUAAAUUAUCAAGCUGAUGAUAAUAAUGGAUUUAAUGCUCAAGUUGAUUAUACCGCUAAGCAACAAAGUACAGAAUAUAAAUCUAAAAAUAUUGAUGAAAAUAAUGAAGUUGAGGAAAAAGCUAAAGAAAUAAACGAAACUAAUGCUCCGAUCGAAGAAAUAAAUACUAGUGAUAAAGAACAAGGGACAAUAAAUAAUGAAGAGAAUGUCAAUGAACAAGCAGAUUUAGAAGAAAGUAAUUUAGAUGAGCAAAAUAAAGAUAAAUUACAAAACAAUGUCGAUGCUGUUAAUGACGAAAUUUCUAAUCAAACUGAAAAUAAUGAAGAAAAUCAAAACAAUGAAAAUAAUACGAUGAAUAUUGAAAACAAUCAAAACGAAUGCUGUUCCGAGAAUUCAGAAAAUGAAAAUGUCAAACCAGUCCAAGAAGAAAACCAAGAAAAAAAUAUAGAUUAUAAUAAUAAUCGUAGAAAAAGCCGAGAUAAUGUAAACAGAAACGAGAAUUGGGGCAAACCAAGUGAGAUGAAAAAUGGCAAAAAUGGGAGAAGUCGACUUAACCAAAAUAAUAAUAAAUUAAGGUAUCGAGAAAAUAUGGAGCAAAACAGAAAAUCUGGUGCAUAUUCUAAAAGAAGUGAAGAUAAUCAGAAACAUGUAACACAUGCAUUACGAGGCAAUAAGCAUAAAGAAAAUGUUGACAUUGAUUUAAAAAAUUAUAACGACGAGAAAAAGGAACAGUCAAACCAUUAUGAACUACGUGUCGACGCCUUAAAUACUAAUAAGGGAAACAUCGCUCAAAUUACUAAAAAUGUUAAAGAAACCAAAAGUAAUAGAUUUGAACAUCGUAUUCGAAUCCAUCAUCCUGAACCAAACGUGAAAAUCUAA